AUUUGAUAUUAGUAACCUGUGGAUUCGGUAAUGGAAGGCUGAGCAUUUAUUAUGUUUAAUCAGGCAUAAUCUGCUUGGUCUACUGAUUUGAUUUCUGUACGGGUUUUGAGCAGACAGUACACAUGUGGCUGUAGUGUACACACAGUGUAUGCAGUUGUGCGGAGAAUAGAGUUUCGGUUACAGGUAUCCUUUUACGCCAUUGUGUUAAGCGUAUUGACACAGUGCGGUUGAUUUGCUAAGGUUACGUCCACUUGCCAUACAGGCUACGCUUCUGAAGCUUCGCUUGCAGAGUGACAGAGGUACAUUUGGAGUAAUCCACGGGUAGUGCCUGCCAUACCAUGUGCAACUGGUUGUAGUACUCCGUCAUUGAUUUUUUGAAGGCACUUGUUGUUCUUGUACAGUAGCCAGGCUGUUCCUGCUGUCAUUGUUGAAGGAAACAAAAUCCAGAUUGAAAUGUAAGAUCAUUUUAUCAUGCCGCUGUAGUAGCCAGAAUCGAAAACAAAACAACCCAAAAUUGCGGAGAGAUUCUGUGCAAAAUUGGCACAUAUAUAGGAUUAUCCAGUUGAGCGAGUGAGUGAGUAGUUCUGACAGAGCACAGACCUGUGUGUAAUAACGGACGUGACAGAGCAGCAUGCAACGGUCACGGAAGGCAGCCAAGGAGGAAAACUCUUUGCCCUACAAAUACCAACCUCCAACCAAGGAAAAGGAUGGCCAGAAACAUUUGGUUCAGAGAAAGGAUUCCACAACGUAUCGGAGAUGUUUCCGACUCUUCCAGUGGUUUCAAAAGUGCUUUGUACCAGAGAAAGAAAAUGAGAUUGACGAUCUCGAGAUGCAGGUGAUGCGAUAUAAGCCAGAGGGCAUUGAUGAGCUGGUACGCAACACCAAGUUCACCAAGAAGGAGCUCCAGAUCAUGUACAGGGGCUUCAAACAGGAGUGUCCGACGGGCCUGGUAAAUGAGGACACUUUUAAGAGCAUUUAUUCCGAGUUCUUUCCCCAAGGAGACUCGUCAGCAUAUGCGCACUACGUGUUCAAUGUCUUUGAUGCAGACCACAAUGGCACCAUCAGUUUUGAGGAGUUUGUCAUUGGUUUGUCUGUUUUGUCACGAGGCUCACUCAAUGAAAAGUUGAUGUGGGCGUUCAAGCUGUACGACAUCAAUGGUGAUGGGUACAUCACGAAGGAGGAGAUGUUAGACAUAGUCAAAGCAAUAUAUGACAUGAUGGGCAAGUAUGCUGACCCACCCAUAAGUGAAAAUGCACCAGGGGAUCAUGUGGAAAGAGUAUUCCAGAAAAUGGACAAGAACAGGGACGGUGUGGUUACCAUUGACGAGUUUAUGGAAACAUGUAAAAAUGAUGAGAACAUCACCAAGUCCAUGUCAGUGUUUGACACCAUCCUGUGAACUGCACACCAGUGAAACAUGUCAUUCUAUCGUGGUGUAGGACUGGUGAAAGUCUUGUUUUCAUUCCUUGUAUGAUAUGAUAUAAUAUAUAUAAUAUAUAUUACCUAGAGAGAGAGAUGUAUACACUCAUUCAUAAGUUAUGAACCAAAAUCAUCUGUUACAGUGAAACUUAAGUCUAACUUCUUGAAGCAAAGGAAUUCUACCUACCAUUGACAGUUUCUUUCUACUUAACUAGUAGGAGAGGUCUGUGAACAUGUUUGAGUCUAAGAUUUUGUAUGUUGAGAUUGAUGUGUACAUGAACUAAAUUAUUUACACAAGCUUAAACUGAAUUUGAGAGGUUACAUUAAUUUUUCAUGGUCAAGUGUGAUUUGUCUCUUGAUCAACUUGAUCAAACAGUAAAAAUGAUAUUUAUGAAGUUUGUUGAAGGACCAGGGCAUAGCAUUAAAACAGAAAUUUAGGCCAAAGAUUUUCCAUCAUGUCAAAAUCGUUGAGAAGGAGAUAUUGGUAAUUUACAUGCUAGAGGCAAAGCUCAAGACAUGUAUACUUGUGGUACGUACACAAGUAUCUUUUAGUAUGACAACCAUGUCACAAUAUUGUGGUUUUUGUACAUGAAGGUUUGGUCUGUUGUACAGAAGUGCUACUAGUGGUAUUGGGUGCAUGCAAAUCGACAUUAUGAACAUUAUGUGAAACUUCGAAGGUGUACAAUGUACAUUGAGAUAAAUGUAAACAUAUUGUUUUUACCAUUCUUCUCUGACAACAUCUGAUUCUGGACCAAAGUUGUAUUGUAAUUUCCAACAAAAAAAUUGGGCGUACACAAAUUUUUGCUUUUGUCAAGUUCCUUGAGUCUUAGGUUCCACUGCUCACAGACUCAGUAUCUUAUCCUCUAAGCAGAGGUUGGGUUGCAGAGAUACCCAUGGAUUUUUACUGGCGUGUGAGGGAAGCGAGCCAGUAAAAAUCCUGACUACUACAUGUACUUUGAUCCAAGCUCUGCUUGGAGUUAAUUUGUGUUCAAUCAGCAUAACAUGGACAGUCAAAAAUUUGGAUAAGUCCAGUUGGAAAUCACUCAGUUAAAUUUUGAUUCAGAAGGAUUUCUAUCAACACAGACGAACUUUCAAAGUUAAUAUCAGAUUCUCUAGAUAUCAUCUGUAAUAGCUGUAUAAUGCUUGUUUCAUGACUGGGAACAUUGUUCGACAAUAAAAUCUGUGUAUUACAUUUGAAUGAGGA